AUGCUCGGCUACAAACCCAAGCGCAAGCGUAAGCGGACGCGAACGGGGACGCUCCCCACCGCCCCUGCCGGGGGAGGAUCCAGUUCUGACGAUACACGGCCACAGAAGAAGUCCAAGUCCAAGUCCAAGUCCAAGUCCAAGUCCAAGAAGUCCAAGUCCAAGUCCAAGUCCAUGGCCAUGCCCAGUCACUCGGUUCCCUCCGGGUCGGCGGAUGGGAGUGGCCAUCUUUUGGAUCCUGAAGCGGGACGUGUUGGGGCUGACCAGCUGAGCGAGCCAAUGGCUGGAGAGCGGCAGAAGGAGGAGUCGCUGACUGCACGGAAGAGGAGGAAGGAGAAGGCGAAGGAGAAGGCGGCUGCAAAGGCUCUGUUUCGUGUCGAGACGGCAGAGCAUGAGCUGCGCGACUCGGAGGUGCGCCGCAAGGUCCACGAUGCCAAGAAGCGGAGGAAGAUCCGUCGCAGAGAGCGCCUGCUGGCAAAGCUGGCAGAGGUGGCUGCUCCAGCCGAAGCCUUGGAUCUUAUGGUUCCAUCUCAUGCUCGUGGCUCUUCAAAGUCGGCCAGGGCCCGCCUGAGCGAUGCCAUCAAGCGCGAACGCGCCGGCAUUCUCGACGCUGCCACCGCCGCCAAGGCCCGCCUCUACGUCGAGCGUGAGGUCUCACCUGUUGACACGCCGACUACUCCGGCUGAGCAUUUUGGCCCAGCCAGCGAUGAUGAGUCGAGCGGUGGCGAUGGGAGCGGCGACGAGUUUGACUAUGACAACGGCCCUGGCAUGGAUCUGGCGGCGUUCUUCACCGCCCCAUCGGCUGGCAAGACGCCGACCAAGCCGCUUGCCAAGGCCAAGGCCAAGGCCAAGGCCAAGGCGAAGAAGGCUCAGGCUCAGGCUCAGGCUCAGGCUCAGGCUCAGGCUCAGGCUCAGGCUCAGAAUGAGCCCAAGCCGGCGCCAGUCUCGGCCUUUGAGGCUGCGCCGGCCUUUGCCGAAGACGCCAGCGUGACCGGCAUGGCUGCCGGAGCAGCAACCAAGAAGCCUUCGCAGCCGCGCAAGAUCUCGUCUGUCAAGGGUGUCAACAAGGCCGGGUUUAGCUUUUCGUGGUCGACGGGCGUGACCCAGGUCGACGUCGCCCAGUCGUCCGAGUCGAGCUCGGGCGAUGGCGAGUCGGUGGGAGAGGCGUCUGCCGGCGAGGCGUCUGCCGAUGAGGCGUCCGCCAGCGAGGAGGCAUCGGGGGUGGUCGACAUGGAUGAAGCGUCUGGCUCCGGGACUGGCUCUGGGACUGGUUCCGAUGCCGCACCGACGUCGAAGCUCCCUGUCGGCUACAAGCUAUCGAGCGCACCGACGCUCGAGAGCACACUGGAGGCGUGCGGGAUGCCCGAGGGCCCGGCGAUGCCGGCGCAGACCACGUACGUCCGCCGUGUCUCGCGCCGGCCCGAGAUCCAGGAGGUCCGGUCCAAGCUGCCAGUUGUCGCAGAAGAGCACACCAUCAUGGAGGCAGUGACGGCUUCCCCGACUAUCAUCGUAUGCGGUGAGACCGGGUCUGGCAAGACGACCCAGGUCCCGCAGUUCCUCUACGAGGCUGGCUACGGCGAUCCAGGCAGCGACAAGCCGGGCAUCAUUGGGGUCACCGAGCCGCGGCGUGUGGCGGCCAUGGCGAUGGCCAAACGUGUCGCCGACGAGCUCAACGUCCCGUUCGGUGCGGGUGUUGGGUUCCAGGUCCGGUACGAGGCGAACGCAACGCCGACGACGGCCAUCAAGUUUAUGACCGACGGUGUCCUCCUCCGCGAGAUCCAAGCCGACUUUGCGCUCGCCAAGUACUCGGCCAUUGUACUCGACGAGGCGCACGAGCGGGGGCUCAACACCGACAUUCUCAUCGGCCUGCUCUCGCGCAUUGUACGCAUCCGGGCCGCGCCUGAAAAGUACCCCAAGCUCAAGCUUCCGGCCUUUCCGCUCAAGCUCAUCAUCAUGUCGGCCACACUCCGGGUCACCGACUUUACCGAGAACCAGCUGCUGUUCCCGGUUCCGCCGCCAGUGGUCAACGUCCAGGCCCGGCAGUUUCCAGUCACCAUCCACUUUAACAAGCGGACACCGCUUGCCGACCACGUCGGCGCGGCCAAGACCAAGGUGCUCAAGAUUCACGACUCGCUUCCGUCGGGCGCCAUCCUUGUCUUUCUCACCGGUGAGGCCGACAUUAAGCGGCUCGUCGCCGAGCUCCGUUCGGCCAUCAAGAUCCGGGCUGAGACCGGCCCGGCCCGGGUCCUCGGCCUCUACUCGCGCAUGCCGACGUCUGCGCAGAUGAAGGUCUUUGAGCCGGUGCCCGAGGGCACCCGGCUCAUUGUGGUCUCAACCAACGUAGCCGAGACCUCACUCACUAUUCCGUCGGUCAAGUACGUGGUCGACUGCGGGCUCGCCAAGCAGCGGGUCUACUACCAAUCGUCGGGCCUCUCGACCUUUGAGAUCGACUGGAUUUCCAAGGCCAACGCCGACCAGCGCGCCGGGCGCGCCGGCCGCACGGGUCCGGGCCACUGCUACCGGCUCUACUCGUCCGCGGUCUUCAACAACCACUUUUCGCAGUUCUCGUCGCCUGAAAUUACCCGCAUGCCCAUCGACGGCAUGGUCCUGCAGAUGAAGGCCAUGCGCAUCGACAAGGUCAUCAACUUUCCCUUCCCCUCGCCGCCGUCAGCCAAUGCCGUUGCCGCCGCCAUUGCCCACCUCGUCCGUCUUGGCGCCCUCCACCCGGACAACGAGCGCAUCACUCCGCUCGGCCGCACUCUUGUCUCGUUCCCAGUCGCGCCGCGCUACGCCAAGAUGCUCACUAUGGCCUGGACACCCGAGCUCCUUCCGCACGCCAUCGCCCUCGUCGCCGCCAUCUCGGUCAACUCGCCGUUCAAGCGCGCCACAGACUCGGACGUCAACGCCGAUGCGGACGCCAAGGUCGACUCGGACUCGGACGACGGAAACGAUGAAGCCGCGCCAUCGGCGGCCGCUACCAAAGAGAUCGAGCUGAAGACUUUGGCUGCGGCUGCCGGCGAGUCGGGUAACAAGUCGGCGGUUGGUACCCCGUCGCUCGCUGCCCAGCUUGCGUUCUUUGACGUCGACUCUGAUCUCUUUGCCCUGCUCAAGGCCGUCGGUGGCUUUGAGUUUUCUGGCUGCACGCCCGAGUUCUGCGACAAGUAUGGGCUCAUGUACAAGGCCAUGAAAGAGGUGGCCGCCCUCCGGCGCCAGCUGACCUCGAUUGCCAACGCCAUGAUGGCGCCCGAGGCGCCGGUCGAUGCGUCUGCGCCGCGCGGACCACGCGCUGCGCUUGGCUCGGGCGCCGCUUUCGAACUCGCCGCCUCGCUGGCCGAAGUGCCGCCGCCGUCGCGUGCCACUCUCCGUGCCCUCGCCCAGGCUGUCACCGCAGGCCUUCUCGACAACGUGGCCUACCGCUGUCCUGGACAUCCGUCGUACGCUCGUGGCGGGUAUCUGGUCUCGCUCCCGGACUCGGGCGAGCAGAUUGUGGCCUACCUCCAUCCCUCGUCGCUCCUCUCGCCGCAGCUCCGCGCCCGUCAGUCCAAGGCUGCUAAGGGUCGCGGCUCCCAGGCGGCCAAGAACGCGGCGCUCAUCGACAAGUUGCCCGAGUGGAUCACUUUCCAAGAGAUUUUUACUACCUCGCGCACCUUUAUGCGCGGCGUCACGGUCCUCGAUCCGCAAUGGCUCGUCCUCCUCGCCCGGCCGCUCGUCACCCUCGGCUCUCCGCUCGAGCAGCCGGCCCCGUUCUACGAUGCUAGCGCCGACGCCGUCAUGGCCUACCGCCGCGGCUCGUUCGGCCCGCACUCGUGGCCUCUCCCUCUUGUCGUCGCCGCCCAUCCCGACAAUCCCGACCUCUACCGCUACAUUGCCCUCGCCAUGCUUGACGGCACCAUGUAUCCCAAGACCAUGGCCAAGCUUGCGCCACACUUUACCGCAGACCCGUCGUUUGUGACCAAGCCGUGGAUGCACGCCAAGAUCAACGUUGUUCUGCAGCCGCUUAUCAAGGCCAGGGUCUCGUCCAAGGCCAAGCUCGACGCCGCCUUUCGUGCCGAUCGCUCCUUCCUCCUCGUCGCCAUGAAGCUCUGGGUCGACGCCAAGCAGCAUCGCAUGCUCAACUCGGCUUGGCCGCCGCGCGAGGCGCUGCUUCCAUCGUGAUCGCUCUGCUAAAGUAAAAGGCGUACUGGACAGCA